AUGAGCUUGAGCCCAAGCUCCAUCCGUGCGGUUUUCAAGUCAGCUGGUCAACGCGCGGGAGGUGUAUCUGAACUGGAGCGACCGGCGAGGUCGGAAGAAAUCGAAUCGGCUGUCGCUACAGCUGAUGGUGAGGAGGGCCUCGUUUCGGUAGGUUUGCCAACAGGAUCGUCGCGGGAAAACCGGUCGCCGGCGACGCGAGGCCGGUCGAGGACGUCUCGGCGUGGCCUGAGCGUCGGUAGAGGCCUCAUAUCAAACUUCCUCCGUGAGCCAUCGACCAAGAUGAACCCCGCUGGAGCAACCAAGGAAAUCGAACAGGGAACGCCCACUGGGAUGGCGCACGGACAGACACCGAGUCCCGCCGUUGUUGCAAGCCCUGAUUCAGGAAUGAAGCCACAACAGCGGCAAGGAUCAGGGGCAGCGGUAGCAACUCGGAGUCAAUCGCAACUCUCUUCGCCACCACCUACGACAUUUCGACGGCGCGUGAGCAUAAGCUUGAACCCUAGCAACUUGAAGCGGGCUGUGGGUCUCGGAUCCGGCCAAGAGAGCACGAAGAAGAGCGACGCCACCAACAGGAGCCCAGACGAACCCGGGUACGAAGAGGAGUUCGUUGGGGUCUCAGAACAACAAGCGCCGCCCGUGAGAGUCCACCCUCGUCCUCGCGCUGUCGCCAAUGCGCAGCGAGAACCCCCAAGCGUCAACCCCACGGCCGCUCGAGCGGCAGUGCCGACGGCCAUCGCCAAGGACAAUGGUACGACUCCAAGGGAAAUCGGAGGUAAAGUCAGCAGCGACAAGGGAGCCGGCGGCGACGGCGGCGGGUUAUCGCGAGCGUCCAGCGGACAACCAGCUCUCUCGACGUCAGAAACAGCGACUGCACUGAAGAUUGUUCCUUUUCUAGCCUCUACCACGCAGCAGCAGCAAUCGGCAAGGCAGCGUCGUUCUGCGCGCCGGUCCGCGAGUUUCAGUCUUGGCGCCGGCGGCGACGCUGCUUCGCUGCGGUUCCUGAACACAGGGAGCUCCUCUGGCAGCGAAGAGAAGAUCCCUGCUUUUGGGCAAGAGAAUGACGAGAGAGGUCAGCAGAGGGAAGGCGGCGCAAGAGUAAACGACAACGCCUCCACCGAAGCAGCAGCGGGGCACAGGGGGGCAUCACCUCCGAGCGGAGGCGGUCGGAGCGGCCGUAGGCACCUACGGGGGCGCUCCAUGUCCCUCGCUCGAUUGAACCGAGGAUCAUCACUUGGGCUUUCCCCCCCAUCAUCCCCUGCGUCAUUGAGAGGCAGCCGGAAAGGUAGUCGGUCUCCCACGUCUGGAGUUGGUGUUGGCGUUGGCGAUGGCAACGGCGGAGGAGGGUUUCGACAACGCUUGAGGCAAAAAGCGGCAGGGGUCGGGGUAGGGGUAGGCGGCGGGGGCGGCAAUGGCUUCGACCGGAGAAGAUCGCGAUCCAUUUCACCCCCCAGAGUCGGUGGCAGUCACUCUCGCACGAUCUCGAUGGGAUCUGAGUUGCUGCCGCUUGGCCCUGUCGGAAGCUGGGCCGGGGUUGGCGGGGGUGGCGGUGGGUUCGGUGGGGAACAUUAUGCGAGCGAAGGCCUGCCCAGUAUUCUCGAUGCUAUCCCUGGUUGGAAGCGACCCAGGUUGCUCAAGGAUUUGCAGGAGCGGGAAACGGAGUACACCUCCGUGGAAGGCGUCGGAGUCUUCAUCGGGACGUGGAACGUCAACGCCAAGAAGCCCAACUUCGAAGAUCCUUUGUGGCUGCAUGAGUGGCUUUGCCCCACGGAGAGGCUAGAGGGCAAAGGGCGUAGCAGCGGGGACGCCUCAUCGGCACAGCCACCACCAGCAAAGGCUGGGAAUGCUGACAGAUUUUACGCCGAGACCUUUGCCAGCGAGGAAGGUGACGGAAUGGAAGACGUAUACGCUAUCGGGCUCCAGGAGUUGGUCGACCUCAACGCUGUCAACGUUGCUGUCGACAUCAAGAAGUGGGAAGAGCGUGUGCUCUCCUCGCUCAACCUCGCGGCGCUCCAUCAGGCCAACAAGAGAAGAAGGAGGGCGAGCGAAACCCCUUUUGUGCCUCGCUCGUCGGCGACGACCGGGGGAGCGCAAGAAAAGGGUGCUUCCGACGCGGCCACGGAGCCGGCGCCGACGGACGACACGACACAACCGCCCCCCGAUUUCCUUUGUGACGACGACGACGACGACGACGACGACGACGACGACGACGACGACGACGACGACGACGACGACGACGUUCUCGGGGUGGUAUCGGUCGCGAGUCUCGCGGAAACCGACAACGGUACGCAGCGAGACGAACGUGCAGAAGUCAGCCUAUCUCUUUCUCAUGCUGCAGCCAGCGGCACGGCUACCAGUCCGAGCGCAACAGAGCGGGCUAAUCUCCACCGCGACGAGCCGUCGAAGUCGUACGGACCGGCUAGCCUCGGCGACGCCGGAAGGGUGAGUCACGACGGGACGACGUUCGUGCUGGUGGCCAAGGAACACCUGGUCGGGACCUGGCUGGCGGUGUUCGUGCGGGCAUCCAUGCUCAAGCAGGUCUCCGACGUGCGCUCGGCGACCGUUUCCGCGGGCAUGAUGGGCGUGAUGGGUAACAAGGGCGGCGUCGGGAUCCGCCUGCGCCUGCGUGACAGCUCUCUGUGCUUUGUUUCGAGCCACUUGGCGGCUCAUCGGGAAAACAUCAAGGCCAGAAACGAAAACUAUCAGAAGAUUUUGCGAGAAAUGGUGUUCCCACCUUUGCCGGGGGAGGGGUGGCGUCGGCCACAGCAGCAACCACAGCGGCGGAUGAACAGCUUCCGGGGCGGGGGGUCAUCACCCCCGACCUCCCCGGGUACCAGGAGACGCCUGAGCGUGACAACUCGGCUGAUGAAUCCUUUGGGUGGGGGAGGUGCGGCGGCAACCGUGGGAAAGGGACGAGCGUCGGAGCCGGGACCGGGGUCCUUGAACUACCGGAGGAAUUUGAGCGGGGCCGCGCCGUCUCUUUCGGGCAUCCGAUCCCCACGGCACAAGCCCAACGGCGAUUUAUCCUUCGCGUCUACUUCGUCGAAGAGAGCGGUUUCUUCUUCCUGCUCUCCGAAGAGAACAGCCGCGCGUGGUGGCGACACCGAUGCCUCCUGCGGCUGUCUCUCGCUCCCGACGUCUCCGGACUACACCAAGCAGCGGCAGGCUCGACACCAGCAGAGGGUGCAGAGGGGGCGGGCUGCGAGCUUCUGCCGGGAGUUGUCCCCACUCCAGGACGACGGAAGCCGCGGCCGCCGUGCCAGACCGCGGCGGCGCAGCAGCAUGUGCAUGUCUUGGUCGGGGGCUUCGUUUACCUCCGUCAUGCCAUCCGCUUCCUCCUCUUCAGCCGCGUCGUGCUGCCCCCCCCCGCCCCCUGUAAAACAAACCCCGUCCAUCGGUCAGCAAGAGCUGCAGUCCUUGCCACCGGCUCUCGCUAUCACGGUUGCCCCGGCCCCUUCCAUUACGGCCGUCGGCGCCGAGUCUACCUCCAACACGGUAGCCGCCGCCGAUCUUGCCGGAGAGCCCCUCGAUCGCAAUGUCUCAGAUGAUGACUGGCCGCGUGCUUCGGAUGACGGGUCAUCGUCGUCAGAUUCCGCGGGUAGAUCUCCUACGGCUGCAAGUGUCGGGGCCCCGCUGAGUAGCGCGAACAGCGCGGCUGCUAUCGCGGCCUUCGAAAUGAGGAGACUGAAUACGGCGGUUGCGAUCGACGACCUCUAUGGGAACGCUACUACAGGUGACGGGCAGACAAAGCCUAUGGUGGUGGGAGGUCACGAGUUCGCCGGCGGUGCCGGAGGCGAUGGCAGUAAUGCCGCAAGUCUGUUGCACAUGGGAGACGGGAUUACCGAAACGCUGGCCUCAGGCGUGUUAGGACGGGGCACGGCGAUCCGUGCCGAGGGCGGCUUUGGUGGUGGUGACGGCAGCGCCAGGGCCAGGUCUAAUACGGUGUUGGGCGGAGCAGGGCAGGGCGGACCCACGCAGGUGCUCUUCGUCCCGGAAACAACUACGCACAACACUGUCGAGCACUUGGGGAUCCAGGAUCACGACGUUGUCUUCUGGUUUGGAGAUCUCAACUACAGGAUAGAGUCAUCCAUCGCUGCGCUGGAGGUGCUGGCUCACGCCGUAUCAGGUGGGGUGUCCUUCCUCGCCGCCAACGAUCAGCUCAACAGCGCCCGGGAGGCGGGCGACACCUUUAGGGGUUUCCACGAGGCGCCGAUUGACUUCCCGCCGACGUACAAGUACGCCGCGGGCACCGACGACUACGACACGCGAAACGAUAAGAAGUUUCGCGCGCCCGCGUGGUGCGACAGAAUUCUGUUCUGGACCUCUGGCGGUGAUAACGGGAGAGGCUCAACCGCGCCGGAGGACGUGAAAACAGCGACAGCAGGAUCCGUCCGGCAGCAUGCCUACAGGCGAUCGGAGACGCCGCUGACUUCUGACCACAAGCCCGUCUCGGCUUCUUUUUGGUUCGGGUGCAAACAGGCACGUGUGGCAAUUUUCUUUGGCGUCAACGUUCUCGUUGUUGUGAACUUUGUUUCUGGUUUCAUUGUUCAGCGGCACAGACUCUGGUGUCAAACGGCGAGGAGGGUUGAUAUUGUCGAGGGAGGAAACGCCAUGGACUUCGGAGAUGUUCAGUACGGGGUGCCGCAAAGCCGCUCCGUGUGGAUUGCUAACACUGGAAGAGUCCCCGCAACCUUUAGCGUGCAUUCCUCCCAGCACCCCGCCCGGAAGAGUUCGAGCCCUGACCGGCCGAGAUCCCCCCUCGGCAGCGACAAGCUACGCAACCUGGAAGCAAAAGAAGACCAGAACGCGUCGGACACGGAAGAAGGCAAGGGUAACGACGACUUGUUCGGCCCGGCGUCGUCCUGCUCAGCAAACGAAACCGGAGAGGGAAGAGGGGGAGCGGCAAGAGGAGGGAGAAAGCAGGAUGACAACCGCGGUGGCAAGGAAAUCCUAUCGGAUGAGGGUGGAAAGGAGCAGGAGGAGGUGGGCGAGGGAGCUUUCUCUUCCGCAAGACGGGGCGGAGGCGAGGCGACGCCGGCCCCAGCGGCAGUGGAGGACACUAGCAAGUGGUGCUCGGUUUCCCCGGAACAAGGCGUCUUGCUUCCGGGAGAGAGGCUCGAAGUAAAGUUCACGCUACUGGUCCACGGCUUGGCCGGCCGCGCCUUGGCCACCGGACGGAUGUCCAGCAUCCUUGACGACAUCCACGUUCUCAGAAUUGAGCGAGGCAGUGACAGGUAUAUCGCUGUGAGCGGGAACUACGAGGCGUCCGUCUACGGAAGUACCCUCCCGGCCAUGAUGACCUCCAAACCAAUCUCAGCGACGCUGAACAAUUCAACCGACGCCGCACGCAACGUAGCGCGCGGGGACGGGCUUUACGAGGGCCGCCGCAUAGGAGCGGGGGGCGACGAGGGUGCACGGCGGCACGAGGGGACGGCAGCGGGGGACGGUAGUGGUGCCGUCACGGUUCCUCUGGUGGAUGCUGACGCAGGCAGAGGAGACGGAGCGGGACCUCGAAUGUCCUCCGGGCAGACGUUGCGGUGCCAUGUUUCGCUUGCCGUCUCGCAGAAGACAGUACGGAUUCCACGCCAGGUUUGGAGGAUGGUGGACGCUCUGUUGAAAGAUUCUCACUGUGAUCAACCCGGGUUAUUUGUGGACAACGGCAACGAGCAAGAUAUUCUGGGAAUCCGAGCCGCGGUGAACACCGGGGCUGAGUUCCCACCACAUUGCGCGAGCUCUAUGGUCGAGGCAAUGGCAGACCUCCAUGUCGAAGAGAGAGCAAGCGCGUUGAUGGGCGCUAUGCCGACGUUGCACCGAAACGUCUUCGAGUACCUCAGCAGCUUUUUCAAGUUCUUGCUAGCGCGUGGCGACAACAAUGGACUCACCGCGGAGGAAAUAGUCUCGGUACAACGCUCCUGUCUGUUGCCUGACGCAUGGCGCCCAGCACGCCUUAGGGGCUUUAGGAGCGCGAGAACACCGCCACUAGACGGGCGUCAUUCUCAAGAGUCGAUGGGCAAGGAGGAUGAGGGUGGGGAUAGGGGAGUUCGGGGGCAACACCCGACCAGCAACCGAGAUGAUUGCCAGCACCACAACGCGAAGGCAAAGGGCGGGAAGCAUCCGGAGAUAGGGGCGGCACAGGACAGGAAAGGAAACUCUUGUAGCGUUAGUGGCGUCAGCGGACGAGACACUAUUACUAGAGGCGAAUUCGAUGUGCUAGGUCCCGUGCUGUAUCAUAUUCUGACGGGCGAGCGUUGA